AUGAUAUUAUUAGCAGCUUGUUUGUUCUUGGCCGCAAUCAAUGCACACCCAGGACACAGCCAUCACCACGAUUCAGAUGAUGAAGAGGAAGAGACCGACGUCAAGUCACAUGUCAUGAACCUCAACGAAGAGAACUUUGCUCAAACCAUUGCCGAACACGACGUCGCCCUCGUCAUGUUCUUUGCCCCAUGGUGUGGACAUUGCAAGAACCUCAAGCCACACUUUGCCGAAGCAUCCAACAAGUUGGCCAGCAACGAAAAGAUUGCUCUCGCCAAGGUUGACUGUACCGUCGAAGAGACCCUCUGUCAACUCAACAAGGUCAAGCAUUACCCAACCCUCGUCAUCUACAACAAUGGUGUUCCAGAACCAUGGGAAGGUGAAAGAACUGCCAAGGGUAUUGAAGAAUCUGUCUUGGCUGAAUUAUUACCACCAGUUACAAGCAUUUCAAGUGAAGAAGAAUUAAUCAAGUUUAAUGAAGCCAACCCAGUUUCAGUUGUUGGAUUCUUUGACAAUGAUCAUGACGAUAGAUACGCCCAAUUCAAGACCAUUGUUGGUAAGCUCAAGAAGUUUGCCAAGUUUGGUUCGGUCGUCAACAAGGAGUUUGCCAGCAAGUAUGCCAGCAAGUCACCAUCGGUUGUCGUCUUUAAGAAGGAUCAAGACAAGAGCGAAUUUGCCAACGCCGACUUUGAAGUCGAAGAGUUGGUCAAGUUUAUCCGUUACUCUAUCCUCCCAUUGGUCGGUGAAAUCAACGGUCAAACCUACAAAAAGUACGACGGAGCCGGUCUCCCACUCGUCUACCUCUUUAUCAACCCAGCCGACGCCGACGCCAAGGAAGCUGUCCUCGCCGCCGCCACCCCCGUCGCCAAAAAGGCCCUCGGAAAGGCUAUCUUUUGUUGGGUCGAUCACUCCAAGUACCCACAACAAGCCAAGUACAUGGGCUUGAGUGGUGAUGUUGUCCCAUCGGCUGCCAUCGAAGUUGCUGCCAAGGCACAAAAGUUCCUCAAGUCUGAGAGCGAAGAGUUCAACCUCGACACAUUUGACAAGUUUAUCGGCGAGUUUUUGGCCGACAAGCUCGAACCAUUUGUCAAGAGUGAACCAAUCCCAGAAGACAACAACGGACCCGUCAAGGUUGUCGUUGCCAAGACCUACAAUGAAAUCGUUCUCGACACUACAAAGGAUGUCUUGGUCGAGUUUUAUGCCCCAUGGUGUGGUCACUGCAAGAACCUCGAACCAAUCUACAAGCAACUCGGUGAACACUUUGCCACCACCGCAAAGUCUGUCGUCAUUGCCAAGAUUGAUGCCACCGCCAACGAUGUCCCAUCUGAAUUGGGUAUCACUGGUUUCCCAACCAUCCUCUACUUCCGUGCCAACGACAAGACCCCACUCUCCUUUGAAGGUCAUCGUGAUUUUGACUCUCUUUCCAACUUUGUCUCUUCCAAUGCAUCUGUUGAAAAGCAUGCUGAAACCCAAGAAACCACUCAAGAACAAGAACCAGUCAAAACUACUACCACUGAAGAAACUGCUGAAUCAAAACCAUCUCAUCAUGAUGAACUUUAA